AUGAUCAUUCGGAUAGUUCUUGCCUUGAGCUUAAUGGCUCUUGCCAUUGCUCAAUAUCAACCCCAAGGGAACUCAAACGGACGAAGUAACAAUCAAUACGGAUCAAUGAAUCAGCAGUAUCAGCAACCACAAAUGAAUAAUAAUAAUAAUAAUAACAACAAUAAUUAUAAUAACAAUAAUUAUAAUGGAAGAGCGGAUCAGCAACAGCAACAGCAACAACAGCAUCAACAAGUUCAACAACAGCAACUCAAUUAUAACAGUAACCAACGAUCCGUUUUGAACCAAGUCCUAACUCCUUAUAAUCAAACCUCCAAAUUGGAUAAUAGUAAUUCAGGAGUUACAAUUCAAUUUCAACUUCGGUCUUACAAUGAUCCUAACUCAGCUCUGCCUAAUGGAGCAACUUGCGUUUGUCCAUCCGGAUUCAAAUGCUCAUAUCUGAACGUGGAUCCAUUUUGUAACUUUGGUUUCUCAUUCAUCGUUAGUUCUCCAGAUGCAUCUGUGAGAUACAUUUCAACUGGAUUCUUUACUCUAGUAAACGGUCAAUUACCUCCAGCCAAUGGUAUUCUUAAUGGAAACCGAUGGGAUGAGAACUACGUUCUUCAGCUUCCCUCCAAGCCUUCAGCAAUCGACGUGAUGGUUCAUCAUUUGGGUGCUGUGAUAAAUCAAGCUGAUGGAACUCCAAUUCAUAUUGAUACAGUAACACAUGUAGAUGCUUUUGUUGUUCCUCUGAACAAUGUCUUACCUGCUGUUAAUGGUGGAGUGCAGAGUAUGAACCAACAAUCAAACUAUGAUGGAAAACUCUUGGGCACAAAAUUGGGUUUGUCUUUCUCAAUUGCUUGCACCGGAAGUCUUAUUGGACCUAACUGUGAUAUGAGUUGUCAAACUUCUCACAUCAACUCGAACGUUGCUGCUUGUCGAUCGAACACUACAUCAUUCUACAGUGUUUGUACCUACAGCGGAAACGGACAGGUUGACAACUGCAAGCCUUGUCCAUGGGGAAUCAGAGAAAACACCUACUGCCAAACAGAAGAUGGUAAUGUGCUGGAUCCCAAGCAUGCUGGAGUGGUUGAUACAUCGUUCAAAACUGCCACCAUCAUUCUGGGAGUUAUCUGCGGAAUUCUUUUGAUUCUCUUCAUCCUGGCCUUGCUCCUUGCCUGUAUUUUAAGACGACGUCAGCCGGAAGACAAAGAAAUGUACACAGCAAGUUCGCAACCAUUAAUCAAAGCCGGAUAUCCAAUAGGAAAUGAUAUGCCGACAGCUCAACCAAGAUCACAACCACCUAGCUUGGAUACAAGACCAAUGAAAUCAGCACUACGUCGUCCGAUGGUUCCUACUCAACAGCAGCAGAAUUCUACAUUAAAUGAUACUCGGGAUACAAGUUUCAGUAAUGAAGUACCAAUGAGGCCAAGUAGAAGUCAAGUUGUCUAA